AACACAAACCAUUGAACAAAAGACAACAAAUAAGUGGGUAAUGGUUAUCAUCAAAUAUCAUCUUCUUUGAAGCAGUCGUACGAAACAGAGAAAAUAGAGAAGAAAACACAAACUAAAAACUUUAUUUCGCAUCAACAAACAGCUCGAAGUUUCUUUAUAGUAAUUGUGUUUCUUUAUUAUUUUAUCAAGUCUAUUGGUCCAUCACAAUGACCGACCAAUCAAUGAAAUCCAAAGAGCAUCUACUAUUUGUUGAUACGUAACCAUAAGACACGGUAAGAAAAGAAAGAAUUGAUAAGUAGACACGCAAUUACAAAACUAAUAGAGUGAAAUACUGGUUCUUUCCAUUCCAAUUAGUUUUCUGUUUUCAUUCUAUCCCUGUUCUGCAAAUUUAUUCUGAAAAGAACAUGGCUGCUUCAUUGGUGGGUGGAGCCUUCCUCUCUGCUACCCUUCAGGUGGUGUUUGAUAGGCUGGCUUCUCAAGAUGUAGUGGACUACCUUCGAGGAAAAAAACUCAACGAUGAGCUCAUCAACAAUUUGAAAACUGUAUUAUCAGCUGUUAAUGCAGUGCUCGAUGAUGCUGAGGACAAGCAGAUCACCAAUCCAAAUGUCAAGCAGUGGUUGGACGAGCUUGAAGAUGCUUCAUAUGAUGCAGAUGAUCUUUUGGAUGAGAUUACAACUGAUGUUUUGCAAUCUAAGUUGGAAGCUGGAUCAGGAACUUCCAACUCAAGUAAGUCAAUAAUAAACUUCUUUUCCAGUUCACUUAAUAUAUAUGAUCGAAAAACGAAGAACAAGCUGGAGAAGAUUCUUAAAAGGUUGAAAUUUCUAGAAGAACGAAUAUAUGUGCUUGGUCUCAACACCGGGGUUGGUGAGAAACCAUUACCAAGACCACCAACAACAUCUUUGAUUGAAGAAGCUGAGGUCUUCGGUAGAGAUGGGGAUAAGGAGGCCAUAAUCAAGUUGUUGCUAACAGAUGGUGGUGGUGGCAAUAAGAUAGGUGUGAUUCCAAUAAAAGGUAUGGGUGGGGUUGGCAAAAAUACCCUUGCUCAAUUAGUAUACAACCAUGACCAAGUUAAGGAGCACUUUGAGCUCAAAUCAUGGGUUUGUGUUUCUGAGGAGUUUGAUAUUUAUAAAGUAACAAAAACAAUCCUCAGUGCAGUAGCUAAUUCUGAAUCUUAUGAUAACACAGACUUGGAUUCGCUUCAAAUCAAGUUGAAAGAGUUGUUAGCGGGGAAGAAAUUCUUGAUUGUUUUGGAUGAUGUGUGGAAUGAGAAUUAUGUUAAGUGGGAGAACAUGUGUAAACCUUUUAAAAAUGGGGCUCAAGGAAGCAAGAUUCUUGUAACAACACGCAAUGAAAGUGUUGCACAAAUAAUGAGAACUGUUCCUACUCAGAAUCUUGCACUUAAAGAUGAAGAUUGCUGGAAACUAUUUCAAAAGCAUGUAUUUCCCAAUGAAAAUUUUACUGCACAUCCAACACUGGAAAUAAUAGGCAGAAAAAUUGUCAAGAAGUGCAAGGGUUUGCCUUUAGCUGCAAAAACACUUGGAGGCCUCUUGCGCUCAACAGUAAAUGUUGAGAAAUGGGAAAGAAUAUCAGAAAGUGAGAUUUGGGAUCUGUCGGAUAAUGAGAGCAAUAUUCUUCCGGCUUUGAGGUUAAGUUACCACUAUCUUCCCUCACACCUAAAGCGAUGUUUUGCUUUUUGUUCAAUAUUCCCCAAGGACUACAGAUUUCAAAAGCAUGAACUGGUUUUAUUGUGGAUGGCAGAAAACUUUGUGCAGCAAUCAAAAAGAAAUAAGAGAAUGGAAGAUGUUGGCGAUGAAUAUUUUAACGAGUUGGUGUCAAGGUCAUUUUUUCAAAGAUCAAGUAAUGAAAUAGAGUCUUGCUUCUUCAUGCAUGAUCUUAUUCAUGAUUUAGCUAAAUAUGUAUCCAGGAAUUACUGUGUGACAUUAGCAGAUGGCAACUCAGAGGAAGCUCUGAUGGUGAAGGUGCGCCAUCUGGCUAUUGGAAGGUCAACUCCCAUAGCAAGAUUCGAUUCUAUUUUUGAAGCAGCUUAUUUGCGUACCCUUUUACCAACACAUACAUUUUCAUUUGACUACAUAUCCGGUGAAGUAGUGAAUCAUGUAAUCUUGAAGUUGAAGUGUUUGAGAAUAUUAUCCUUGUCUGGUUGUAGAAAAUUGAAGAAAUUGCCUGAAUCAAUUGGCGAACAAAAGCAUCUUCGCCACCUUGACCUUUCUGGCACUUCAAUCGAAAGCUUGCCUGAAUCUGUUUGUAUGUUAUAUAAUUUGCAAACAUUGAAGUUAUCAAGCUGUAGUAACCUCAUUGAGUUACCUAAAGAUAUUCAUCAUCUCAUUAACUUACGACUUCUUGAUAUUAGAUGGUGUGGUAAACUAGAGAAGAUGCCAAGACAUGUAAGUAAAUUGAAAAGUCUCCAAACGUUGAGUACUUUCGUUGUGGGAAGAGAUAAUGCAGCCAAUAUAGGAGAGUUGAGGGAGCUUCAAGAUCUUCAUGGAAGACUUUCCCUUCUCAAAUUAAAUAAUGUUUCAAGGGCCAAGGAUGCAUUGGAAGCCAAGUUGAUGGACAAGAAGUAUCUUGAAGAAUUGGAUUUGGCAUGGAAAGAUGAUACUAAUGAUUCAAAGCAUGACAGAGAAGUACUUGAAAAUCUAUCCCCUCAUACGAAAUUGAAAAGGCUUUCCGUUUAUGGAUAUGGAGGUACAACAUUCCCAAAUUGGUUGGGGGGCCAUUCUUUCUGCAACAUAGUAUUUAUAAUGCUUAGCAAUUGCAAAUAUUGCAACUGUUUACCACCACUUGGACAGUUGCCCUCCCUCAAAACUCUUUACAUUGAACAACUCAGUGGAGUGGUAAGUGUGGGUGCUGAGUUCUAUGGUUCUUCUGAAAGAAAGCCAUUUGCAUCAUUGAAAUUCUUAAGCUUCAGUAAAAUGUCAAACUGGGAAGAAUGGUCGUCGACUGAAGUUGAAGAUGAAGAAGUCUUCCCUCAGCUCCAAGAACUAGAAAUAAGAGAAUGCCACAGGUUGAUGAAUGUUGAUUGGCCUCGCAGCCUUCCUCGUCUAACAGAGCUUAGAAUUUUUGGGAAGGUUCUUGUUCCGUCACUCCCAAGCACUCCGGCAAUCCGUAAGGUUGAGUUAGGCAAGUGUGAAAAGUUACAGCUGCAGGAACUGUCACAAACAGUGGAAUGGUUUACAAUUGGAGGAAGUCAUGGUAUAGAAUUGUUUACAGAUAUAUUAAGGAAAAGCCAGACUCGCCAUCAUCUUCAACAUCUGGGUAUUCACAAUUGUUCAUCCCUAGUUACAUUUCCUACUGCAUGUUUGCCAACAACCUUGAAAGAACUAGUACUCUACUUUUGUGAGAAAUUAGAAUUCCCAAUGCACCACUCGCUCAAAACAUCAUCCAUUCAAAAGGUUUUUAUAAUUAAUAGUUUUGGUUGUUCUGGCUACUUAAAUUCUUUCCUCUGGAUUUCAUUCCCAACCUCAAGGAUCUUGUUAUUAAAGGGUGUAAAAAUUUAGAAUCUCUCACCAUAUCUGAUGGGCAGUUAUGCCAGAACCUAACAACUCUGACCAUUGGUGGCCUCAAUUUCAUAUCUUUUCCAAAAGGAGGGUUGCCUGCCCCCAAUCUGAUUAGUUUUGGAGUUAAAGGUUGCAAGAAACUAAAAAUGCUACCUGAACAAAUGCAUAACUUGCUUCCAUCUUUGCAAGAAUUUUACAUAUCUGACUGUCCAGAGCUGGAGUCAUUUCCUGAAGGCGGUCUGCCCUCUAAUCUAAGCAGACUUGAUGUUAGAAAGUGCUCUAAACUCAUUGCUGGGAGAAUGAAGUGGAAUUUGCAAACACUCCAAGCUCUUACACGUUUUGCAAUUGAAGAUCAUGAAGGUUCAGGUGUGGAAUCGUUUCCUGAGGAGGGUUUGCUACCUCGGAAUCUUACCUGUCUUCAUAUAUUUGGACUGAAAAGUCUUAACAGACUGGACAUAAAGGGGCUUCAACAACUCACCUCUCUUACAACCCUCGUUAUCCAACACUGUCCUCAAUUAUACAAGUUGCCCGAAGAGGGGCUGCCUACUUCUCUUACUUCUUUAUCUAUUUCUGAAUGUCCUAUCCUCAAACAAAGGUGCCAGAUGGAGAAAAUUUCUGAAAUCCGUGUAAUUGAAAUCGAUGACGACUAAAUUUGAGGAGUCAAAUGAAAGAGUGCCACACUAUUGCAAGCGGUCGGAGGUCUGUCUGCUGUACAUUGGGUCGUUUCUCUGUUGUUUACACUUUCUUCUCCUGAGAUUCAAUGCGUGCUGCACAUAAACUAGUUAUGUUUUCAGUUAAUGCUGAGGGUACAAUUAUUUGGCUUGAGGACUGUAGUGGCUGGAUCCUUUCCUACAAGGUGAUGUGCAGAGUUACAGUAUAGGAGAAAUUGUCGACUUUUAGGCUGAAUCAAAGAAAAAAGCAAAUGGGGGUCCAUGUGCUUUGGUUCCACAUACUUCUUUCUAAUUCCUUUUUCCUUUCCAUGCAUGUAGAUGUCUAAACUUUCAAGCAUAUGAAGAUAUAAACAUAGUAUGUUACAUACAAACUUCACUGGAAAUUUCUCAUAUCCCAACUAAAUUUUUCUAUCAAAUUCCAAGGUAAUAGUCUGUCUCCUAGGAGUCUGACUUCCUUAUUUGGCCAUGAUAGAAUUGAUACUGAAACAGGUGUGCUAGCACUUAAAAAUACAGAGCAUUGUAAUUGCAAAAAAGUUUUGUGCUAAGCAUAUCUUUUAGUUGUAGGUUUGGUAUGUUCUUUUUCAUUUUCUUGUUUUUGUUUUCAUAGUACAAUUUUAUGUAAUCUGAUAGGGUUCAAUUCAACACUAAUUUUGCUGCA